CACUCAAUGAGCAGCACAGUGAAAAAUGAAAAAUUAGAAAGUUUUUUUAAAUGUCAAUGUCAUUUGAGGUUUAUUCUUUUAUAAUAAUUGUUGUAUUUGUAUUUAAGGUUAUCUUAUAAGUUAUGUGGUUUUGAACAAUAUUUUUCUAAAAAUUAUUCCCUAAAGCUCUGCAAAAAAUGAUGGAAUAUGAUAAAAAAAUCUAUAGAAAGAAAAAGAGAUUUGCAGCCCGUUUAAAAAGUUCCAAACAGCUAAUAUGCACUGAUGAACCUGGAACUAAUGUGGUACUGUGUAAUGCUGGCCAAGCAUCGGGUUUAGAAAAAUCUAUAAUAGUCAGUCUUAUUAAAAAUUUAUCAGGUGAAAUGGCAGUUCCAAAGUUCAUUGCUGAGAAGGGAGAAUCCCAUUCGUUUCUAGUUUUUAACAAUAUUGAUGAUGCUCAGCAGUUUUAUAACUCAUAUGAUGGCAAAUUCAACAUAGGGGACAGUGGCACUCCAUUGUACAUGAGUUUUGUAGAAACUGUGCCAAAUAAUGAAAUAACAUGUGAGUAUGAAAAUCCCAAAGGUCUUUCAAUACUAGAAGAUUUUAUAAGCACAGAAGAGGAGCAGAAAUUUCUUCAGCUCUUUGAUUGGGUAGACGAUGGAGAUUCCAGCAGUUUGAAGAAUCGGCAGGUGAAGCAUUAUGGAUAUGAAUUCAGAUAUGGAAGCAAUGAUGUAGAUUUGAGCAAUCCCCUUGACGAGAAGUUACCACAGGAGUGUUGCAUGCUAUUUGAGCGGCUAAGGGCUAAGGGUCGAUUGGAAAUUGAGGAUCCUGAUCAAUUGACUGUCAACAAAUAUAAAACAGGGCAAGGUAUUCCAUCACAUGUAGACCGGCACAGUCCUUUCGGACAGACCAUACUAUCCCUGUCACUCGGGUCUGAUGUAGUUAUGGACUGGAAACACCACUCAGGGAAGCAUGUACCGAUUGUUGUGAAAAGGAGGUCUAUGAUUGUUAUGAAGGGUGAGGCCAGAUAUGACUGGCAACAUGGCAUACAACCAAGAACACAGGAUCCUAUGAUUGAAACUCGCAUAAUACAUAAUCAAGAUAGCAAUAGAACAGUCAAAAUAAUAACAAAUGACACAGUGGUGCGAGGAACCAGAAUUUCCCUGACUUUUCGGUGGACAAGAUCCGGUCCGUGUGAAUGUGCCUUUAGGACUUUGUGUGAUAGUGAGAAAGUGCCUUCGGAUGAGAUUGAGAACCAUUUAGCAUCUAAUUUAGAAGAACUCCACGUACACCAGGUGUAUGAACAAAUAGCGGGUCACUUCAGCACAACUCGCCACACACCCUGGCCGCGCGUCCUGCAGUUCAUGCAGGACGUGGCUGCGGGAGCGGUGGUGCUGGACCUCGGCGCCGGGAACGGGAAGAAUAUCCUGCACAGGGGCGAUAUACUGCAGAUAGCAGGGGAGCGAAGCAGCGGUCUGCUAUCAGAGUGUCAGCAACACACAGCUGACAUCGGGACAGCGCAGUGUGUCAGACUGGACCUGCUGAGUGUCCCGCUGCGGGACGGGUGUGCUGACGCGGUACUGUGCAUCGCUGUCAUACACCACUUCAGCAGUAGAGCGCGCAGAUUGCAAGCAAUAUCGACGAUAUCUCGGUUGCUGCGCAGCGGCGGCCGCGCCUUGAUAACAGUAUGGGCCAAAGACCAGACCAAGUCUAACUACCUGUUGAAAUCUAAACAAAACAAGCCAAAAAAUGAGAAUCAUGUCACAAUCGGUGGUCUAAACCUGCCCGUCCACGAAAACAGGACGCCAUUCCAACAUAAUGAUCUAUUAGUCCCUUGGAAAUUGAGAAAUGUCAAACAAAAUAAACUGGCUGAUAAACCUGAAGACACUUUAUUAAGAUACUACCACGUUUUUGAAGACCAAGAAUUAGCAGAACUUUGCCGGGAAUGUGAUGACUUGGAGCUCGAAACUAGCUUCUAUGAUGAGGGCAAUUGGUGCGUUAUAUGUAAGAAAAUAUAGACUUCUUAACAUAA